AGCUAGGCAGCCUCCCUCUUUUCUUCCUUCCUUCUACUCCUUCGGUAUGUAGGAAGGGAGAGACAUCAAUGGAGAGGCUGAGAUACGCAUAGGUGGACUUCCAAAUGCAUUUUUUCUUGAAAGAAGAAGAUAAAUCCCAGUUGUCCGUGCACUGACUUUUUUGUAGCUGUUGCAUUGCUUCGUAAAAAUGGGGUUCAUUUACUCCAGCUGAAUCCUCGGAGCAUUUCAGAAAACUGCUACAGUGAAGGACUUCACGUAUUUUUUGCAUCGGAGGAGCUACAUUGAUGUUUACCAUUUUUUUGUAAAAUGGAGAACGAAAUUUUCACACCGCUUUUGGAGCAGUUCAUGUCUAGCCCUCUUGUCACCUGGGUUAAGACGUUUGGACCGUUAGCUGGAGGAAAUGGGACCAACCUGGAAGAAUAUGUGGCGCUAGUGGAUGGGGUGUUCCUGAACGAAGUCAUGCUGCAAAUUAAUCCAAAGUCUGCUAAUCAGAGGAUAAACAAAAAAGUGAACAAUGAUGCAUCAUUAAGGAUUCAAAAUUUGUCUAUUUUGGUGAAGCAGAUAAAAGCUUACUAUCAGGAGAAUUUGCAGCAGUUGAUUGUGAUGUCUUUGCCAAAUGUAUUAAUAAUUGGCAAAAAUCCUUUUUCUGAGCCAGGUACUGAAGAAAUAAAAAAACUCCUCCUGCUCUUACUUGGCUGUGCAGUUCAGUGUCAGAAAAAAGAAGAAUUUAUUGAAAGAAUCCAGGGUCUGGAUUUUGACACAAGAGCAGCUGUGGCAGCCCAUAUUCAAGAGGUUACUCACAAUCAGGAAAAUGUGUUUGAUCUUCAGUGGAUGGAUGUCAUUGUGUUGACACAAGAGUAUAUUGAACCUCUUUUGAAAAAUAUGGCGUUACAUUUGAAAAGACUUAUAGAUGAAAGAGAUGAGCACUCAGAGACUAUCAUAGAGCUUUCAGAAGAACGGGACUGUCUCCGUUUUCUACCUCACGCCUCAGCAGCACAAUCACCUUGUGGGUCUCCUGGCAUGAAGCGCACAGAGAGCAGGCAGCACCUGUCGGUGGAGCUGGCAGAUGCCAAAGCCAAGAUUAGGAGGCUUAGGCAAGAGCUCGAGGAAAAGACUGAGCAGUUGCUUGACUGUAAACAAGAACUUGAACAGAUGGAAACUGAACUGAAGAGGCUUCAGCAAGAGAAUAUGAAUCUGCUCUCAGAUGCCCGUUCUGCCAGAGUGUACAGAGAUGAAUUAGAUGCUCUUCGUGAGAAGGCGAUUCGAGUUGACAAGCUUGAAAGUGAAGUCAGCCGGUAUAAAGAGAGGCUGCAUGAUAUUGAAUUCUACAAAGCUAGAGUGGAGGAGUUAAAAGAAGACAAUCAAGUGUUGCUAGAAACAAAGACAAUGUUGGAGGACCAAUUAGAGGGGACUCGAGCCCGUUCUGAUAAAUUGCAUGAGCUAGAAAAAGAGAAUCUACAAUUAAAAGCUAAAUUACAUGAUAUGGAGAUGGAGCGUGAUAUGGACAGAAAGAAAAUUGAGGAACUCAUGGAGGAAAAUAUGACUCUAGAAAUGGCCCAGAAACAAAGUAUGGAUGAAUCAUUACAUCUUGGCUGGGAACUUGAACAGAUAAAUAGGACUACUGAACUUUCUGAAGUGCCACAGAAAUCACUAGGUCAUGAAGUAAAUGAACUGACAUCAAGCAGGUUACUGAAGUUGGAAAUGGAAAAUCAAAGUUUGCUGAAGACAGUAGAAGAACUACAAAGUGCAGUGGGUAAUGUCGAGGGCAGUAGUUCAAGGAUACUGAAAAUGGAAAAAGAAAACCAAAGACUUAGCAAACAGCUUGAAGAGCUGGAGAAUGAAAUAAGCCAAGAGAAACAAAGUCUUCAGAACAGUCAAAAUUUGAGUAAAGAUUUGAUGAAAGAGAAAGCACAGCUUGAAAAGACACUUGAAGCACUUCGAGAAAACUCAGAGCGACAAAUUAAGCUAUUAGAACAAGAAAAUGAACAUUUGAAUCAAACUGUAGCUUCCCUGAGACAACGCUCACAAAUCAGUGCUGAAGCGAGAAUGAAAGAAAUCGAAAAAGAGAAUAAAAUCCUUCAUGAGUCUAUUAAAGAGACCAGUAGUAAGUUAAAUAAGAUUGAAUUUGAAAAAAAGCAAGUCAGGAAGGAAUUGGAACACUAUAAAGAGAAAGGAGAGAGAGCUGAAGAACUUGAGAAUGAGCUGCAUCGUCUCGAGAAGGAAAACGAAUCAUUACAGAAAAAAAUCACUAACUUAAAAAUUACUUGUGAGAAGAUAGAGGCCUUGGAACAAGAAAAUUCAGACCUGGAAAUGGAAAACAGAAAACUAAAAAAAACUUUGGAUAGCCUAAAAAAUCUCACUUUUCAAUUAGAAUCUUUGGAAAAGGAGAAUUCACAACUUGAUGAAGAAAAUUUGGAAUUGAGGAGAACAAUUGAAUCUUUGAAGUGUACAAGCAUUAAAGUGGCACAAUUGCAAUUAGAAAAUAAGGAACUGGAAAGUGAAAAGGACCAACUUAAAAAAAGCCUUGAACUCAUGAAAGCCUCAUUUAAGAAAACUGAACGCUUGGAAGUCAGCUACCAAGGCCUAGACACAGAAAACCAAAGGCUACAGAAAGCCCUGGAAAACAGCAAUAAGAAGAUUCAGCAAUUAGAAAGUGAAUUGCAAGAUCUAGAGUCUGAAAAUCAGACUCUUCAGAAGAACUUGGAAGAAUUAAAAAUCUCUAGUAAACGCCUAGAGCAAUUGGAAAAGGAGAAUAAGUUGUUAGAGCAGGAGACUUCUCAACUGGAAAAAGAUAAGAAACAGCUGGAAAAAGAAAACAAACGGCUUCGACAGCAAGCAGAAAUUAAGGAUGGUACUUUAGAAGAAAACAAUGUAAAAAUUAGUAAUCUGGAGAAGGAAAAUAAAUCUCUAUUUAAAGAAAUAGUUGUUUAUAAGGAAUCGUGUGUACGCCUGAAAGAACUGGAAAAAGAAAAUAAAGAACUUGUGAAAAGAGCUACCAUUGACAAAAAAACACUUGUCACUUUACGAGAGGACUUGGUGAGUGAAAAAUUGAAGACUCAACAAAUGAACAAUGAUCUAGAAAAACUUGCCCAUGAACUUGAAAAAAUAGGCUUAAAUAAGGAGCGUCUCUUGCAUGAUGAACAGAGCAAUGAUGACAGGUACAAGCUUUUGGAGUCAAAAUUAGAAUCCACACUGAAGAAGUCUCUUGAAAUAAAGGAAGAAAAAAUUGCUGCUUUGGAGGCUCGUUUAGAAGAGUCAACAAAUCUAAAUCAGCAACUCCGUCAGGAACUUAAAACAGUCAAAAAGAACUAUGAAGCGCUCAAACAAAGACAGGAAGAGGAACGAAUGGUUCAGAAUUCACCUCCAAGAAGUGGAGAAGACAAUCAGCCUGUCAAUAAGUGGGAGAAAGAAAACCAGGAAACUACUAGAGAAUUACUGAAAGUUAAAGAUAGAUUAAUUGAAGUAGAAAGGAAUAAUGCUACACUGCAGGCAGAGAAGCAAGCACUGAAGACACAAUUAAAACAUCUUGAGACACAGAAUAGCAAUCUGCAGGCUCAGAUUCUUGCACUUCAGAGACAGACUGUUUCUCUACAAGAACAAAAUACCACGCUGCAGACUCAAAAUGCCAAGCUACAGGUUGAAAAUUCCACUCUUAAUUCUCAAAGCACAUCUCUUAUGAAUCAGAAUGCACAACUGUUGAUCCAGCAAUCUGCUUUAGAAAAUGAGAACGAGUGUGUGCUCAAGGAACGGGAGGAUCUGAAGUCCUUGUAUGAGUCGCUUCUCAAAGAUCAUGAAAAAUUGGAACAGCUGCAUGAACGCCAAGCUUCUGAGUAUGAAUCUCUGAUUGCUAAACAUGGAAGUCUUAAAUCUGCACACAGAAAUCUGGAGUUGGAGCAUAAGGACUUAGAAGAUAGGUACAAUCAGCUGCUGAAACAGAAAGUGCAGCUGGAAGAAUUGGAAAAAAUACUCAAGAUAGAACAGGAGAAAAUGCAGCAGCAAAAUGAAAAACAUGAAACUGUAGCAGCAGAGUAUAAGAAACUUCGUGAUGAAAAUGAAAGGCUUACUCAUACAUACAGUCAGCUCUUGAGAGAGAAUGAAGUUCUCCAAACUGAUCAUAAGAAUUUGAAAACAUUAUUGAACAAUUCCAAACUAGAACAAACACGAUUAGAAGCAGAGUUUUCCAAACUCAAAGAACAGUACCAACAACUGGAUAUUACAUCAACAAAACUGAAUAAUCAAUGUGAGCUGCUUAGCCAGCUUAAAGGAAAUCUGGAGGAGGAAAACAGACAUCUUCUAGAUCAAAUUCAGACAUUAAUGCUACAGAAUAGAACACUGCUUGAGCAGAAUAUGGAAAGCAAGGAUCUCUUCCAUGUAGAGCAAAGGCAGUACAUUGACAAGCUAAAUGAAUUAAGGCGACAGAAGGAGAAAUUGGAAGAGAAGAUAAUGGAUCAGUAUAAAUUUUAUGAACCAUCUCCACCAAGAAGAAGGGGCAACUGGAUCACUCUGAAAAUGAGAAAGCUGAUAAAAUCUAAGAAGGAUGUUAACAGAGAACGUUUGAAGUCUGUGACCCUUACACCUACCCGUUCAGAGUCCAGUGAAGGAUUUCUUCAGCUGCCACACCAGGACAGUCAGGAUAGUUCCUCUGUGGGCUCGAACUCUCUUGAAGACGGCCAGACCAUAGGGACCAAAAAGAGUAGUAUGGUUGCACUGAAAAGACUGCCCUUUUUGAGGAACAGACCGAGAAAAGACAAAAUGAAGGCCUUCUACCGUCGCUCCAUGUCCAUGAAUGACCUGGUGCAGUCCAUGGUCCUUGCAGGAGGACAAUGGACAGGUAGUUCUGAGCAUCUGGAGGGUCCUGAUGAUAUAUCUACGGGUAAAAGGAGGAAAGAAUUGGGAGCUAUGGCCUUCUCUACUACAGCUAUCAACUUUGCAACUGGCAACUCUUCUACAGGCUUCAGAUCCAAGCAGUUGCUAAAUAAUAAAGAUACUACAUCCUUUGAAGAUGUAAGUCCACAAGGUAUUAGUGAUGAUUCUAGUACAGGAUCAAGAAUUCAUGCUUCCAGACCAGCCAGCCUUGAUAGUGGCAGAACAUCCACUAGCAAUAGCAAUAACAAUGCUUCACUCCAUGAAGUCAAAGCAGGUGCAGUUAACAAUCAAAGCAGGCCACAGAGUCACAGCAGUGGAGAAUUCAGUCUGCUACAUGAACACGAGGCUUGGUCCAGCAGCAGCAGCAGCCCAAUUCAGUAUCUAAAAGGUCAUACGAGGUCUAGUCCUGUGCUCCAGCAAAGAAUACCUGAGACACUGGAUAGUCGUGGCAAACAGACCAAAACUGGUUCUCCUGGAAGUGAAGUUGUUACCCUGCAACAGUUUUUAGAAGAAAGCAACAAAAGUACCUCAAGCGAGAUAAAAUCUGCAAGUGAAGAGAAUCUUCUAGAUGAAGUCAUGAGAAGCUUAUCUGAGUCUGCAGAGCUGACAGGAAGAGAGAAGCUGAGAAAGCCAUCUGCUGGCUGUGGUAUUGUGAGAUCCUUAAGUGUAAAAAACACAAUUGAUUUCUCAGAUGGACGAUCCAUUAAACCAGAACAACUGGUAAAGCCCAGCAUUCGUAAAACUGAAGAUACCUACUUUACUAGCUCUCCAAUAAAAUUUACAUCAGGAGCUACAGGGAAGACCAAAUCAGUUAAAGACAAGAUACAAACAACUGUAUCACAGCGACAAUCAAGAGAUUGCAAUCCUUAUGCUACCUUACCUCGUGCAAGCAGCGUGAUUUCUACGGCAGAAGGAACUACUCGAAGGACGAGCAUUCAUGAUUUUUUGUCUAAGGACAGUAGGCAACCUGUGUCAAUUGAUCCAGCACCAUCCACUGCUGACAGAAGUGUUCCAUCAGCCUCUAAUGUGGAAGCUAUCCCAGAAAGCAGAAAUUCAAAAAGCAGGUCUAGGGAGCAACAAAGCUCCUAAUUCUAUAACCCACUACAUGAGAUGUGGGCCAAGUGAGAGAAAAGUGUCCUUCAGUAUCUCAGUUGAAGCCUUUAUAUCUGAAGUAACAAGAGAGCGACUGUAGGAAUCAUUAAUAAAAAUUAAGGGAAUUUUUUACAUCCUUCGUGACUAGAGCAGGCAAGAAAUAAAAACCUACCUACCUUCCUUCCUUGAAUCAAGGAGCUCUACUGGAGUCUACUGCCGAAAAUUUUUUAGAUGGUCUUAGGAAUUAUUGCACAUUGCACU